CACCGAGAAAAUAACUAUACAGAGUCAAUUUCCGGAAAUUGAAUCAGAGGUUUUUUAUUUACCGUUCAUUAGUUAGUUCCUGGAUACAUAACGCUUUAAAGAAAGGCGUAAAAAUGCCACAGAAUGCCAGAGCCUUGAUAGCCUUUGGACCCUACGAGGCUUGCUACUUGGUGGAACACAGAAAGACUCGGUUACAGGGUCUAGAAACAGUCCUGUUUAAAGAUGGCCACUCUGUGGAGUUUGAGGAAAUUGACGACUGGAAUGUGGCGGAGAUCUGGGUCAACGGACAAUGUGUGUUCAAGUGUGACAUCAGAGAAUUAGAUUAUGGGGGUGAUGGAGACCUUGAUCCAUUAUGCAAGAAAGCACUAGAGGCUGUUCGUGGAGCAUAUUAAGUGAUACGCUUGUCCAAUACUGUACAUUGUAUAUGUUUAAAUGAACUGGUGAUGAAUGUGUGCGAGUCAAUAUUAAGAUGUUGAUCAUGUUGUUGAUUUUUUUUAUGUAUACAUGUAAAUAUUUCAUUUAACACACCAAUUAUUCCCAUUAAAAUAUUUUGGCUACAUAUACUACAGUGAACUCUGUUUCUCAUCAUUUAGAGUAUACAGGUUGUUCUUCUUAAUAUUGAACUGUGUUACAAAAUACACAGUAUUUGAUCAUUGCAAACAGAGGAAGCCAAUUUAACCAUGAAGAGUGUUGAUGUACUGCAGAAAAUUAAAAUUAUUCCACUUGG